UUUCUGCAGCUCACCUUUCAAUAUGAAGGAGGAUCAAGUUGUGCUGGAAGAACCAGGAUUCCAAGAUGAUGAAGAAUCGUUGUUUCAGGACAUUGACCUGUUACAAAAACAUGGAAUUAACGCGGCUGACAUUAAGAAAUUGAAGUCAGUGGGAAUCUGUACUGUCAAAGGGAUACAAAUGACCACAAGAAGGGCUCUAUGCAAUGUCAAAGGGCUUUCUGAAGCAAAAGUGGACAAAAUUAAAGAAGCAGCCAACAAACUUAUUGAACCAGGAUUCUUGACUGCCUUUGAGUAUAGUGAGAAGAGGAAGAUGGUUUUCCACAUCACCACUGGGAGCCAGGAAUUUGAUAAGUUGCUAGGAGGUGGAAUUGAAAGUAUGGCAAUCACAGAAGCUUUUGGAGAAUUUCGUACUGGAAAAACUCAGCUCUCUCAUACCCUCUGUGUGACAGCUCAACUUCCAGGAGCAGAUGGCUACCAAGGAGGAAAGAUUAUCUUCAUUGAUACCGAAAAUACUUUCCGUCCAGAUCGCCUCCGGGACAUUGCUGAUCGCUUCAACGUAGACCACGAUGCUGUACUGGACAAUGUGCUUUAUGCACGUGCAUAUACUAGUGAACAUCAGAUGGAGCUACUUGAUUAUGUAGCAGCAAAAUUCCAUGAGGAAGCUGGCAUCUUUAAGCUAUUGAUCAUUGACUCAAUUAUGGCACUUUUUCGAGUGGAUUUCAGUGGCCGUGGGGAGUUGGCUGAACGGCAGCAAAAACUAGCCCAGAUGUUAUCACGACUCCAAAAAAUCUCAGAAGAAUAUAAUGUAGCUGUGUUUGUGACCAAUCAAAUGACUGCAGAUCCAGGAGCAACUAUGACCUUUCAGGCAGACCCCAAAAAACCCAUCGGGGGACACAUUCUAGCUCAUGCUUCAACAACAAGAAUAAGUUUGCGAAAGGGAAGAGGAGAACUGAGAAUUGCCAAGAUUUAUGACAGAGUGCGCAGCUUCGCAAUAGUGGGCCGGCUAACGCAGCAAAGAAUGUUACGUCGCUCCGGAGGCUUUCCCUCAUCCCCACCCCCACCCCACGUACUAGUUCAGGUGGCUGGAGAACUCUACGCCUGCUACAGAGGCGGCGACGGUGGCGUCUGCGACGGGAGACAGCGCGUCGGAGCGAGAGAGCGUCGCGCCUGCCGCCGCCCCUACAGCGGAGGCGCCGCCGCCAUCGGUCGUCACUAG